CGCCCCCUUCCCGCUCUGCCUAAUAUAGAGGAGGAGGCGUGGCCCAGCACAGUGGAGUGCUGUGUGGAGCUGUGGACUCGGCGUUGCUUGAGAAGAUCAAGAAACUGUGAAAUCAUGACCGAAAAACCCAAGUUGUAUUAUUUUGAUGGAAGAGGCAAGAUGGAGCCCAUACGAUGGCUGUUAGCAGCCGCUGGUGUGGAGUUUGAAGAGGAAUAUUUGGAGACAAGAGAGCAAUAUGAGAAGCUGCUUCAAGAUGGAUCGCUGCUGUUCCAGCAAGUGCCCAUGGUGGAGAUUGAUGGGAUGAAGAUGGUGCAGACUCGAGCCAUUCUCAGCUACAUCGCAGGGAAACACAACCUCUAUGGGAAGGACCUGAAGGAGAGAGCUAUAAUUGACAUGUACGUGGAAGGAACAACAGACCUCAUGGGGCUCAUUUUGAUGUUCCCAUUCUUAUCAACUGAAGACAAAGAGAAGCAGCUUGCCACAAUCAUUGAAAAAGCAACCAAAAGAUACUUCCCUGUCUAUGAAAAGGUACUGAAAGAUCAUGGGCAAGAUUUCCUUGUGGGCAACCAGUUCAGCUGGGCAGACGUACACCUGAUGGAAGCUCUUUUGAUGGUUGAGGAGAAGUCCUCCAAUGUUCUGGCUGAGUUCCCUCAGCUGCAGGCUUUUAAAGCAAGGAUCAGUGACAUUCCUACCAUUAAGAAGUUCUUGGAGCCAGGCAGCCAGAGGAAACCUGUUCCUGAUGACAAAUACGUGGAGACUGUGAGAAGAGUCCUGCAGAUGUACCACAGUGUGAAGGCAACUUAGGGGAGUUAACCAAAGAAGUUCUGUUGAACACAACGGAAUUACAGUUACUCCUACCUACUAAUGAUUGCUGUGAAAGGCUCUUUCCAUAAAUCCCAUGCUGUUGUGUUAGAGUCCAGAAAUGCUACGUGGCAUUUCAUAACUGGCAAGUGGGCUGCUAAUUUAGGUUUCUGAUCAAGAUGCUAGUUGCAAUCUGUAGCACUGUAUGCACAGGUCAAACCUGAAAUCAGUGAAAACUUUGUGCAGUAAAUCUAUGUCAUUUCCAUUGAUCCGAUGGAGCUGUUCUUACUGGGAUUAACAGACUGGAAAAAAUGUCUGACUUCCAAUUUUUAGUGGUAGAAACAAUAAUGAUUUGCACAUACACCUAUUUGUGCACAUUCAUUAUUAGUACUCAAAACAAAUUUCUGACUCUGGAUUCAACAGCUCCAGCAUACUUUGGUCAGUAGGUCUUGGGACUGUAGUUGGGUUUUUUUCAAAAAAAGAAUAGAUUCUGCAGAAAGAACCAAUCUGGUCUACUGAUCUGCUUAUGAAUUUGGGAGACCAGGGUUGUAACCAGUUAUGAGAGGUCCCUGGAUGAUCUUGGACAAGUCACACUUGCUCAGGACCCUUCCACAAAAGCUGUAUAAAAUCCACAUUGAACUGGAUUAUAUGGCUGUGUGGACUCAGAUAAUCUAGUUCAAAGCAGAUAUUGUAGAUUAUCUGCCUUGAUAUUCUGGGUUAUAUGGCUGUGUGGAAGGGCCCUCAGACUCAAUUCAGUGGGAAACUUCCUCUGAAUUAAUCUUGCCACAAUAGAUUAGCCUUAGGAUCACCAUAAUUCAAAAAUUACUUGGAGGCACAAAACAACAAGAAGGUGGAAAUCUACCCCUGCCUGUUCUUAAAAAUACUUCACACACACACACACACACACACACACACACAUAUUAUAUGAAAGUCUUCAACAAUACAUACUUUAUAUACUGCAUUGACCAAAGCACUAUCUUUUUUCAACUGGAAGCUUAGAAAAGUUACAUUUAGAACUAAAAUUGCCAGAUUCUCCUCCAGCUGGUAUGGAGGUUUCUGGGAGUUUCAGUUUUUUAAAAAAAAAUUGCUUAAUUAAUCAGUUGCUUAUUAUAAACUAUAAUAUGAGAAGUUCAGACUUUUUUUCAGUCAAUAAGAAAGGGCUUAUGCUGUAGAACUGAGUCAAGGAUGUGUUUGGGGGUUCUCUUUCAUUUUUUUCUCUCUUCUGGUGUUUGUAAGGUCAGAUGGCAGAAAAGGUAGGAUGGCAGAUAGAAGUAAUGCUUACUUGCAAAAUUCCCUAUACCAUCAAAAUAUGCUUAGAAGUUGAAUGCUAUGCUUCUGCAGCAUUUAUUUAUAGGUAUAUUGUAACUGUUUGCCAUAUUAAACUUGCAUGGGAUUUGUGGUAUUUGAUCAUGUAGUUAUUUCCACAUACAGUAGAGUCUCACUUAUCCAACAUAAAUGGGCCAGCAGAACAUUGGAUAAGCGAAUAUGUUGGAUAAUAAGGAGAGAUUAAGAAAAAGCCUAUUAAACAUCAAAAUAGGUUAUGAUUUUACAAAUUAAGCAGCAAAACAUCAUAUUAUACAACAAAUUUGACAGAAAAAGUAGUUCAUUCCACAUUAAUGCUAUGUAGUAAUUACUGUAAUUAUGAAUUUAGCACCAAAAUAUCACAGUGCAUUGAAAACAUUGACUACAAAAAUGCGUUGGAUAAUCCAGAACGUUGGAUAAGUGAGUGUUGGAUAAGUGAGACUCUACUGUACUUGCCUUAUGGUAUUUCUAUAAAAUGGAAAACUAAUAAACUGCUGUUAUUAUUGCACAGGAAAAAAA